AUGGGUGACUUGGUGGGACUGGACAACCUAGUGGCCAACACGGCCUACCUGAAUGCUCAGAACAUAGAUUGCAAUGAGCUGAAGAAAAUGAGACUCUCCCUGACGCUCCCCAAACCAAAAAAGGCCUCUGUUCUCCGGGAGGCAGUGGGGAAGUACGAGUCGCUGUGUGAGCAACAGCCUAUUGGGAGGAAAUUGUUCCAGCAGUUCCUCCUGGCCUCUAACCCACAGUAUGUGGCUGCCGCUGAGUUCCUGGAGGAGCUGCAUGACUGGAGCUUUGGUGAAGAUGAAGCCAGAGAGAAGGCCAAACAGAGCAUCCUUGCUAACUUCUGUCAACCAGAGUCCAGGAGUUUUCUCACCUACCUCACAAAAGAGGCAGCGGAGAGGUGCAAGGAGUUAUCAGAUGAGAACUUUGAUGAGGAGACGCUAGGCCAGAUGAGAGAAGCCACAAGGGACUUCCUGAGGGGGAAACCAUUCUCGGAGUAUCUGAAAAGCCCCCUUUUUUAUAGGUUCUUGCAGUGGAAGGAGUACGAGAAGCAGAAGAUCAGUAAAAAAUACUUUUAUGAGUUUAGGAUUUUGGGAAAAGGUGGAUUUGGUGAGGUGUGUGCAGUGCAGGUGAAACACACAGGCCAAAUGUACGCCUGCAAGAAGCUGGAUAAGAGGCGCCUGAAGAAGAAAAGUGGGGAGAGGCUUGCACUUCUGGAGAAGCAGAUCCUGGAGAAGGUCAGCAGCCUCUUCAUUGUAAACCUGGCUUACGCUUAUGACAGCAAGACCCACCUGUGCCUGGUCAUGAACCUCAUGAACGGAGGAGACCUCAAGUUCCACAUCUACGAGCUUGGGGAUCGGGGUAUUCGUAUGGAGCGUGUUGUUUACUACGUGGCCCAGAUAACCACAGGGAUACUCCACCUGCACUCCAUGGACAUUGUGUACAGAGAUAUGAAGCCUGAGAACGUACUACUGGAUGCUAAAGGACAGUGUCGGCUGUCAGACCUUGGUUUGGCUGUGGAGUUGCCAAAGGGCAAAACAAGCUGCCUGAAGGCCGGUACAUUCGGUUACAUGGCUCCUGAGAUUCUGAGGCAGGAGAACUACUGCACAUCUGUGGACUGGUGGGCUCUGGGCUGCAGCAUCUAUGAGAUGGUGGCUGCCCGUUUGCCUUUUAAAGACUUCAAAGAAAAGGUGCAGAUUGAGGAGGUGACCCGGCGCACUCUGGAGGACGAGUGCAAGUUUGAACACAAACACUUUGAUGCUCCCACCAGAGAUAUCAUCAGUCUCUUUCUCAAGAAAAAGGUGCAGCAUCGCCUUGGGUGCCGUGGUGACGACCCACGAAACCACGUGUUUUUCAAGAGCAUCGAUUUCCGUCGUCUGGAGGCCGGGCUGCUGAAGCCCCCCUGGGUGCCAAAAUCCAACGUGGUCUACGCCAAGGACACGGACGAGUUCAGGGACACCUGUGUGGGUGAGGACAUUAAGUUUGAUGCCAAAGAUGAGAAAUUCUUCAAGGAGUUCAGCACAGGCGCAGUCUCCAUCCAGUGGCAGAAGGAGAUGAUCGACAGCGGAGUGUUUGAUGAGCUUAACGACCCCAAACUGAACGGUCACAGCAUUGAGAGCACGUGGAAAUCCAGGUUGUGCAUCAUUUUGUAA